AUGUUCAAGGCUAUUUUCUUAGUCGCCCUGUCGACUAUUUUACCAUUCUCCCAGCUUGCAGCUGCAAGCACCUGCAAGGCUUCCAGAGCCAGUCCAUUGCAGUAUGUCGGAGUCGAUUGGUCCUCAGCUAUAGUUGAGGAACGGGACAAUGGUGUUGUCUACAAGGAUGCUCAGGGUGUGGUGAAGCCCCUCGAGACUAUACUUGUCGAAGCCGGUGUCAACAUGGUCCGUCAACGAGUCUUCACGGUUGACGAGAGGACUUUGUGGAAUUACGUGACGGAGGUUGCCAACACUUUCUACUCGGAGAGGCUUUGGCCUGAGACUAUCACCAUCGGCAACGAGAUCCCCAACGGAAUACUUUGGCCCACGGGCUACUUUGAGAACCCCGAGAACCUGUCCCGACUUCUUCAUACUGCAGCCCAGGCUGUUCGCCAAUCGCCCCUAGGAUCCUGUACCAAGAUCCUCAUCCACCUUGCACACGGAUAUAACCAGGAACUGCAAAACUGGUUCUACGAUCUAGUUUUGGCACCUGGCUACCUCAAGCUCGACGACUGGGAUGUCAGCGCCGUUUCUUUCUAUCCCUUCUGGGGCGAAGGUGCCACCAUGCAGAACUUAACCGACUCUCUCAACCACUUGGCAACAAAAUACAACAAGGAAGUUCAAGUUGUUGAGACUAACUGGCCGACGUCGUGUCCUAACCCAGACUACGCUUUCCCUGCAGAUCAGCUCGACAUCCCCUUUACUCCAGCAGGUCAAGCUCAGUAUCUUCGCCUUCUAGCGGAUACGCUCAAGGCGAUUCCUGCAGCUACGGGACUCAACUACUGGGAACCAGCAUGGAUUAACAACGCUGUAUUGGGCUCUUCAUGUGAAGCCAAUGUCUUGUUUGACCCUAGUGGGAAGGCCUAUGAUAGUUUGGCGGCUCUUGGUACUCUUCUGUAA